CCGGCAUAUGAACCGAGUUCAAAUUAAAUCUGAUUCUGUGAGUCAGAUAUCCUCUCAUUGGCAGGAUGCGAAGGUUUAGAGAGCAAAACUACAAAUCAAAGUGCCAUAAGUUGCGAACUAAAUGGAAGAUUUUGAUGGAAUUUGAAAAGAUGGAUGCCGUCGACAAUGUAUCUUGUCUUUUAAAUGUAAAAAGAAUGGAUAACCAAGCCGGAUCAGUCAAUGUAAGUUACAGUAUGAUUCUUCUAAAUGACUCCUUUCAUUCUUUGGGUGAGACAAUCAAGUCUUCGACGACUGGCGUACAACGUGGUCAGGAAAUACACAGGGAUUUUAAACCAUUGGUAGCCACUGAAGAUCUGUGCCGCCUAAGCAAUGGGAAAGUAAAUGUCAUAUUCUGUUUAGGAAUCUCCGGUUGCCAUCCAAGGAGAAAACACCAACUUGCAACAACUGCUAGUUAUGGUCCGAGUAUCGUUCUAUUUUCCAAAAUAUAACCAGAGUUCUGCUUCUAUAUUUCAAUUAUUGAUGCUACAGUCAUUUAUCAACUGUGGGUUUCAUCUGAAAUGUGAAUAAUAUCUAAAUCAAAACUGAAAAGAGGAUUUUCAGUGCUUUGUUUAAGUAUUAUUAAAUGCCAACUUAAAAGGAAGCAAAGUUGCAAUUAUUUCUAGUGAAUCAACGAGCUGGAUAUUCUAUUCAAACAUGUAAACUCUUUGGUAUUAUAAAAGGUAAUUUUUAGAAUAUUGAUCCAAUUUAAUAUUUCUUUAUCUAUUAUUCUUACGCUGUCUCCAAAUAUUACAGAUUUAGUUUGAAAAUGAACGUGAAAGAAAUAACCUAUAUCUUUAAGUUAAAAUUGAAAAUCUAUUUCUGGCAUUUGCUAUAUAUUCUGCAUGGUAUGCUUCCAAACUCAAUGGCUCUUAUAAAUAAGUCGGCACUUGUAUAUG